GAGGGGAGAAGGGAGGGAGCCAGGGACGGAGGGAGGCGGCUUCUGGGCUGGGGCUGCGGGGUCUGCGGGGGCGAUGAUGCUGCUCUCCUUGCCGGCCGAGGAGGAGUGCCCUUCUUCCCGGGGCGGGCUGCCUCUGGGCGGCGUGCCCUGAUCGCUCUCCGGGGCCAUGGCCAAGGAGCAGGAGGGCGCCUCGCCGCCGGGGCCCUUCUCCGGCCCCGUCCCGGCCCCCCGUCUGUGCCGGAUCCGCCGCGGGGCGCAGGGCUACGGCUUUCACCUCCACGGCGAGAAGGGCAAGAGCGGGCAGUUCAUCCGCAAAGUCGAGCCCGGCUCCCCGGCAGAAGAGGCCGGCCUCCGCGCCGGGGAUCGCCUGGUCCAGGUCAACGGCCGCAACGUCGAGAAGGAGACCCACCACCAGGUGGUGCAGUGCAUCAAAGCCAUCGAAAGUGAGACGUGUUUACUUGUGGUGGACAAAGAGACAGAUGAGUACCUCCGGACCCACCAGCUGACCUGCACCGAAGAGAUGGUUCACACCGGCAUUGUGGUGGAUGGAGAGGUCUCCCCGGUCAAGCCAUCUGCCAGCGACAACGGAGAGGUCUGGAAACCCCAAGCGGAUCUCAGCAGCAGGAACCUCAAGAGGCACAAGCUCAGCUCGAGUUCAGAAAGCGGGAGAAAGGACUUGAAUGGACAAGCCAAGGAGCUCCUGUGCCCACGGCUCUGCCACCUGAAAAAGGGUCCCAAUGGCUACGGGUUCAACCUCCACAGCGAGAAGUCCAGGCCUGGGCAGUUCAUCCGGUCGGUGGAUCCAGAUUCACCGGCGUCCAAAGCAGGACUCCGGCCGCAGGACAAACUGGUGGAGGUCAAUGGGAUCAAUGUAGAAGGCAUGAAGCACUCCGAGGUUGUGUCGCACAUCAAGUCCAAGGAAAAUGAAGCCCGGCUCUUAGUAGUGGACCCCGAAACGGACGAACACUUCAAGAAACUGGGCAUCAUCCCGACGGAGGAGCACACCAAGGGUGGCGUUGCCCAGCCAGUGACCAAUGGGUCUGCACAAACACAGCUGAAUGGAGGAUCCAUGUCUUCAUCCCACAGUGAUUGCCAAAGCCCUGAGAAGGAGACUGAGGUGGGAGAGCCCCAGAAGAAGGAUCCAUUUGAAGAGAGCGGCUUGAACCUGAGCCCAACAGCCGCGGAAGCCAAAGAGAAAGUGCGGGCCAAGCGGGUGAACAAGAGAGCCCCGCAAAUGGACUGGAACAAGAAGCGGGAGAUUUUUAGCAACUUCUGAGCCAGCCGAGUCGCUCCCGCUUCCAUUCCGGCUCCUUCUCCUCCUCCUUUUGCAACAAGACAUUUGCAAUGUGCACGAAUCAUGCUCCAUCCCAAUCGCGGGCAAAGCUCCAAGAGGCUCCAUGGCUCAGCUGUUUUCUCCUCCCUCCCGAUAGAUUUGCGUUGUUUCGUACAAGGCAGAUUUCUUUUUUCCUUCCAGGCUUCUCUUAUGGAAACAAAAGCGGUCACACAAAGAGAGAGAGAGAAAAAGUAAGAAAGAGAGAGGGAGAAAGAAAGAAAGAAAGAAAGAAAGAAAGACUGAAACUGCAGGACUGUUAAUGUCAUAGAAAGGUAGCCGAAUCUCCGAUUGUAGCACCCAGGGAAAAGCAGUAAUCGUACAUUAUUUUUGUUUUCAUUUUUGGAUCACUUAACUUGCAAUAUUUAGAAUAUAUUAUUUACAGGACCAUUUUUUAUAUUAUGGUUUUGAGUUUCUUCCUCUUUCUCUCCUUCCCAUGGCCUUCUCUUCCUUUUAGCUAUUUUAAAUGUUUUUGCGUCGCAAACCAGAGCCUAUUUUCCCCCCCCUUCUUUCCACGUAACAAAAAAUUAUGGUUUAUGGGCUACAGUGUUAGCAUCCUCAUCCAAAUGCUGGCUUAACCAUUCCACGAUUGUAAGUUUUCUCAGUGGCUUUCAAUCUUGAGCUGAUGAUUUUUUAAAGAGAGGAAAACAUGGUUUCAUCUGUUUGCAGCUCGUCUUUGAAAAACCCUCUCUUUCUAAGCUAAGUGCACAAGAAAUCCUCCACUUUGCAAAGCAGAAUCUUUUCCCAUUUGUCUCGUCUCUCCUUGCCCCUUUUAGGGAAAAAUAAAACUUUUGCAAAAGCCGAUUUAGCAAAAGUUGGCUUUUCAUGUUGCAGAAUUGCCAUAGCUAUUGGCAGAAGGAUGCAAGUGGCAUGAAAAAUUGGGGAAAAGCAGGGGGGAUGGAGCCCCUCCUUGAAUCCUGACAUUUAUAAGGAAUUCUGUUCUGCGUUCGUUUUGGCUGCAGCAAGAAACUGGAAAUAACGCUUUUUAAAGUGAGGCUGGGGAGAAGGACAGGAAAAUGAUUGUAUCCAAGGAGCAGCAAUGUUCUUGAGAGAGUCCCUCUGAGAAAGAGUUUUUUGCUGGCAGAGGAUGGAAGUUUCCAGCAGGCAAAGGCCAAGUAAAGUUGGUACAAGAGGGUUUGGCGCAAACCAGUUUCAUCUCCAAAUUUACUGCUAUUUUCACUCCCAGGACAUUAAACGAACAAAGAGAAAGGCACCACUUUUUAAUAUUGCUGUAUUAAUAUUGCUGUACCAACCUUCUUUCCAGCUAGGAGCAUUAAAAACUUCUUGCUAUACAGCCUUGGUAAGGAAAGUGUUUGGCAGGGUAUUCCCUAGAGGCAGUGACUUAUAGUGGUCUGAGUGUUGGACUAUGUCUCUGGGAGACCAGGGUUCGACUCCCUGUUCAGUCUUGGCGACCUUAGAUAAAUCAAGGUCUCAUAGUUAGGAGGAAAGCAAUGGGGCUGAACAUCCCUCUGAAUAAAUCUGGCCAAGGGUUGCCACUGAGAGCAAGCAUGCUGUCAUGGUUUGAGUGUUGGGAUAGGACUGUGGGAGACCAGCGUUCGAAUCCCUGUUUGACCAUGGAAACCCCCCAAGUGUCAAGUCACAGUCUCUCAGCCUUAGAGGAAGGCAAUGGCAAACCUCCUCUGAAUAAACCUCGGCCAAGAAAAUCCAAGCAGAGGGUCUUCAUAAGUCAGAGUCGAGGUGAAUGCACAAAACAACAGGUCCAUUAUCAAUGCAUCUCAGCCACAUCGAAGCUCUUGGUAGUCAGAAAGGGGAAUUAAAAAGGAACACAAGUUUCCGAAAGAUGUCACAAAUGUAUUUGGAAGCAGCAAGGGAGAUGCACAAAAGUUUUGUGAGUUUGAAGCAUCACCUUUUACUCUGAGUUCCUGUUUUAUACUGGUGCAGCAUAUCAUGCUACCAGGAUACUUAAUGCAGGAAAUCUAGGAGGGCAUUGGCUCUAGUUGGGUACAUUUCUGACACACUCCUUGGCCAAUCUGUGGCUGUUAAAGUCUGGGGUCAGAUCUGCGCAAAGAGGCUAGACUCUAGAGACAUGUCAUGUCAUAAAACAUCAGGGCAAGUCAUGCUUGUGAAAGUCACCAAGAAGGUUCCAGACCGUUCUUGCAACCGAAAACAAUUAUUUAAAAAGUGAGCUAGAUGGGAUGCAGGUUUUCUUUAUUGCAACUGCAACAACAGAUGUAUGCAAACAAGCAUUUGCCAACCUUCAACAUGGGGCCUAAAUGCACAAUGUAUGUUCAGCCUUUUAAAAAGAAGAAACGCUUUGUUGUCAACGUUCUCGGAGAUGAACAAGUGCCCUUUGACGCAAAGAUACUUGAGGGCUUUGUGUAUAUUUUUGUAAAUGACCAAGCUGAAUAAGGUGCCUUAGAUUAUUGUGUAUUCCUUUCUGGAGAGGACUGGUGUGUGUGUGUGUGUGUUGCAAAGGAGGCUGCAUAAUUGUACCAUUUCUUGUACUGAGUAAUUAAAAAAUAUUGGUGCAAAAGUAAAGUUCUUCUUACUUUGCUUUGCACCGUUUUUUGGGAAUCACUUAGGAAGGACAUUUUGGGCAGCUCCACAAGUGUUGGCAAAAGCCAUAGAUGACCAAAACUUGUUGUUGGAAAGGUUGUGCAUAUUGUGUCCCCUUUGAAAGGACUCCAGAGUUUGAACCAAAAUUAUUCUCAUCAAACACCACAUAUCGACUGAAGACCUGUCGGGUUUGCAGCCCUAGCUUAGUAUUUGUGAGUCAAUGUGUUGGUUGGAGAUUUGAAAAAUUGCUUUUUAAUGGCAAUGCUGGGGGAUUCUGGGGGUUAUAAUCCUGCAAAAAUAACUUUUCCAAAGCAUUGAAGGCUCCCGAUUCAGACCUGCUGCACUAAGGCAUUGCAGUGAAUGCCAAAGUUUUAUCUGAAGGCAUGGAUUUCACAAGAAAUGGAUGAGGGAGCUUCAUGGACCAGAUGCCAUUUGGAUGUUGUACGUCUAAAUUUCAGUUUUUGGGGUCAGAAUCACCUAUUCCCGAAGGAUACGGGAUGUCUGUGAAAUGAAAUGUGGCUUUUGGAAAGGACAGUUUGCUUUUAAACAAGUCACUUUACUUGGUGAGGCUGGCCAUAACUCAGAUUGAAGAGUGCUUCUGCCUGAAAUGAAUCCAAAGUCUGGAGAAGUUACUUUUUUGGCCAACAAGUCCCAGUCUCCCCCAGAGCCAGCAGGAUAUUCUGGGAACUGUAGUGCAAAAAAGUAAACCUUUCAAGAUCUGUGUGAAACGACUGGAUAAGAAUUUUUUGGAGAGCUCUUCAUUUUAGCUCUGGGGAUUGCUCUGCUUAAUGCUCUUGCAGGGUUUGGGUUUUAUUGUAGGGAGUUGUAUUUCAAACUAAGGUGAAGGAAGUGUGUGGGCCCCUAUAAAUGUAGGUGUGCAUUUCUCCCCGUUGCAUUGUUAAGCAAUGAAUUAUUGGCACAUUAAAAUGCGGCUCCCAAAUUCAUCAAGAAAUCUGGCCCAGGCUUGGGUAAGACAAUUUGCAUUGCCUAACUUUAUGCACACUUCGCUACAAGGAAGCAUGAAUUGCAAAGAUGUCCCGUUGUACAUUGGCACUUUGUAGCCAGUGUCCCAAUGUACAUCAUUCCCACUGUGCAUUUGUCGCAAUGCACAAACAUAAUUUUGUUGGCUCACCUAACAUUACGGCAGUUGGAUAUGGAUGUUGCAAAAUUGCAAUGCAACUCUCCCAAGAGAAUUUUGCCUUGAAUUUCUGUCAGUCUAAAGAUAUAUGUUGUGGGUGGCCUAAAAGCAUGGCUUUGAGGAUAAGAACAUACUGAAAAUCUCAUAAUGGAAAUAUAUACCAACCCAGGUUUCUUUGGCUCCCUGGUCCAGCGCAACUUCUCUCCCUCGCAGCCCCCCCAAAUGGUCUCCAUCUUUUCCAUGGAAUGAUUUUCCUCGCAGUUUAAAAGCACGUUUCUCUGCCAUCGUCGUAUAAGCUCAGUAACCACUUAGUUUCUGCACAUCUUAGAAAUCUUCUCAAAGAGUUAUAAAAGAGCUGUUAAUUGCAUUGUGUAAAAAGAAAUGUAUACUAAAAUGUUAAUAAUAAUAAAACUGGUUUCUCAUGUACAGUGAGACUUAAA